AUGCGAUACCUCCUUGGCCAAGACUUUGCAAGCCUGGCAUCGCAGCGCACCGGCAAGGCAAACCCCACGUUCUAUGACAUGAAGGCGCAGGGCUUCAAAGCACUCACGAAGCAGGAUCUUCUUGUGGAGAGUUUAUUCUAUGCUCUCUACAUGUUCCUUUGUGUUUUUGGGUUCGGUGAAGGAGAAAUUUUGGCUUUGCAGCGACCCAAUCGGGAAGCUCAUACAGUGCCCGCGCGAUGGUCGACCUGGAUGACGUGGGCCUACACCUUGGAGCAGAUCCAAAGCGCUUUGACAACGUAUCAAGAUACCUCAGCUGCCGCAGGAGUGACCAUUUCUCCCGACAACGUCUUCUUCUACAUGUGUUUUUUCGUGAACAAUCAGUUUCGGAUCCUGGUGGAGAAGUCUGCUGUUGGCAGCGAGAACUUGGAGGAGACCUUUAAGACAAACCUGACCCGUGCUGGAAGGAUGGUUGCCAUCUUGGAUACCUGGGACAGGCCUGUGUAUUUGAGCAGAAUUUGGACGAUAUACGAGCAGUUCAUGGCGUCGAGCAUGCAGAUCCCAGUGAGCUUCGCCAUGCCCCAAUCUGCCAUGGUCUCUGUGCAGCGGCAAAUCGCUGCGGGAGAGAGCGGCAUCCAGGAAGUCACGAAGUCCCUGAAGAACGUGGAUUCUGAGAACGCAGUUGCAUACUCCAAGGCGGACGAAGACAAGGUGAAGGAACAGAUCCGGACGACCGCUGGCUUCAAGCAAGUCAAUAAUCAUGUGAAGGCCGCCAUGGUGACCUGGAUAGGCGACGCGGUCAAGGAGCAGUUUCAUGCACUUAUAAAGCAGGAAACGAUCGGCGACAUGCCAGAGGUUUAA